UAAAAGUUACAGCAGAACGUCUGAGUGUCUGGUGUUAAGCAGUGUCAAGUGUUACUCUUACAUCUCGUCUGUGCUGUGCUGUGUUGAUACGUGCUGGUUUUCUUGACAAUUUAUUUAUACGAAAAGUACUAGCUCGAACAAGUUAUAUUUUUAUAAAUAGUGACAUUACACAGAAAGUUACCAAUUUUUCAACGAUCGAAUCACAUUCUCGUUGUUGUGGUUAUAUAUCCAAAUAUAACCUAUAAUAACAGCAUAAUAAGCAACUGUUAACUGUUUGGAUUAAUUGUUCAUACUUUUAUUCACAUUGAUUAAUAUAAUUUUCGACAUUUCGUCAAGUAAAAAGUUCCACAAAAUUUCUGCCAACAUGAAAAGUCAUUCUGAUGAUAGUGAUUUUGAUGUUUUGGAUAACGAAGAUAAUAAUUCUGAAAUUUCUGACAAGGAAACUAUGGAAGAAAAGGAGGUGCAUCCACAUAAUGCUGAUAAAAGAAGUAAAAAGUAUAAUAAUGAUACCUCUGUAGAUGAAAGUUCAGAUUUAAAUGACAGUGAUUAUAAUGAAAAUUACUACGAAAACUCAGAUGAGAAAAAUGAUCCUCAAUCGAGCUCGCUUAACAUACGUAAAAAUUUAUCGUAUGAACAGGAUUCGGCUGGUGAAUGCAGCAGCCAAAAUUUACAAAAUAGACACACAGAUGACACAACAUCUAAUUCUAAUGAUGAACAAGAUGAUUUAAAAACAACUGGUAUGGGAUACAUGGUUCCAAUUAAACGACAGAAGAUCGAAACAAAAAAUAUAAAUAAUGAAAGCACUCUUGGCGAAGUUAAAAUUUACAAGGAAGAACAGCCUUGGCAUGGCCAAAAUAUAGCUAAAAAAAUGAUGGCAAAGAUGGGAUACAAAGGUCAUGGUCUUGGUAAACAAGAGCAAGGUCGCUUAGAACCUGUAGAAGCAGCUAAACAACUUGGCCGCAGAGGUUUUGGACUUCAUAUACCAGGCCUUGAAGCUUUUGGUCACAAAUGGAAUCCUUCAGAAGAGAAAAUAUCAGUUAGAGAACCUAUGGAAUGGUUGGAAAAUUCUCAUAAUGAAAUGCCAACUUUUGACAAAAUGAAAUCUUGGUUAAAGAAGAGGCCUAAAAAACUUGUUAUAGAUGAUGAAACUCAAUUCUGUGAUGAAAAUAUAGUUACAUACGUUCUUAAGGCAAAGACUAUAUUUGAUAAAUUAGAUGGUGUUGAAAUGCGCCGUGCAAGAACACGUAGCAAUCCUUAUGAAACUAUACGUGGUGCAUUUUUCUUGAAUCGAGCCGCAAUGAAAAUGGCAAACAUGGAUAGAGUAUGUGAUUUUAUGUUUACUAAACCAAAUUGCCUACAGAAAGAUGAAUUACUUUAUUUCGCGGACGUGUGUGCUGGACCAGGUGGUUUUAGUGAAUAUAUUUUGUGGAGGAAAAAAUGGCAUGCAAAAGGAUUUGGAUUCACCUUAAAAAAUGAAAAUGAUUUCAAAUUAGCUGACUUUUAUGCUGGGCCUUGUGAAACAUUCUAUCCAUACUAUGGACCAGCCGAUGAUGGCAAUGUUUAUGAUCCUGCUAAUCAAGAAGCCUUCAGAGAACUCAUCAUGAAAUAUACCAAUCAUAAAGGUGUACAUUUCAUGAUGUCUGACGGAGGAUUUUCAGUUAAGGGUCAGGAAAAUAUACAAGAAAUAUUGUCAAAACAAUUAUAUCUUUGUCAAUGUUUGGUAGCACUGAUGAUCGUAAGAGAAGGGGGCCACUUUGUUACAAAACUGUUUGAUAUCUUUACUCCCUUCAGUGCUGGAAUAGUUUACUUAAUGUAUCGUUGCUUUGACAAAGUUUGUAUUUUUAAACCAAACACAUCUAGACCUGCAAAUUCCGAACGAUAUUUAAUAUGUAAAAGGAAAAGGCCAAAUAUAGAAUUCACUAUACAAUAUCUCAAACACAUUAACGAGAUACUUUUAAAGAACGAUGAAAAUAACGACGUUAGAGAAGUAGUAGCCUUCGAAGAAUUAGUCGGAGAAAAGCAAUUUUUAAAAUAUUUAAUUGACUCUAAUAAUGAGUUAGGAAGAAAACAAAUAACAGCCCUUCGAAAAAUUGCCGCAUUUUGCGAAGACACUACUCUCGUCGAACCAGAACAAGUUACCAUGCGGAAAGACUGCUUGAAGUAUUGGGAGAUUCCAGACAAAAGUAGGACGAUGCCAAUACGCAUGAAACCUCAGGAAAAAUUGAGAAGCCUUCUUGGAGAUCCUUCAUUCCUUUCCAAACUUCCAAUAGUAUUAACAAAAGAAACUUUAAAAGACAUAGUAUCGAAAAAACCGCUCGAAUACUAUUGCGUACCUUGUGAAAGUGGGAAAGAAGAAACAAUUGCUACAUUUUACCUGAGUUUGGGAAGGAGCAAAGUGUAUCGUUAUGUGAAAAGCUCUUGGGAAGACAUUAACAAUAAUAGCAUACAAUUGCCUGCUGGUACACUGAUAUAUGGAGAACUGCUCCAUGAAAUGACAAAGCAAUCUCGGUAUCAGCGUAAAUUACUAGCAUUACACAUUAUAGACGCUUACUUUUUGGGAGGAGAGAACGUUAGUAAUGAACAUCUACGAAAGAGGCAUACGCUCGCAAAGAAAUUUUGUGAAGCUUUGUGGAAUCCUAAUGGAAUUCGGAUACGUACCAAAGACUUGUUCGCAUUACGUUUAAAUAUAAGGGAAAAACUGUGUGUGCAAAAACGUACAAUGAAAAAUGGUCAACCAGUUUUAGCCUAUGAAUUGUUGGACACAUAUUCGGAUGAUCAUUCUUUCGAGAAGCCAUAUUUUGCAAUAAACAGCAUACUGUUUUUAAAAACCAUUGCAGAUCCAUGGACACUAAAUUUAAGCUCUACAUAUUCACAACUGUACGUUUAUAACUCUAAAACACAGAACAGUUUGUUUAUAAAUGACAAACCACCCGAAGCUAAUGCGAACUUCAUUGAAACCUUUACCACUCGUCUUGUUUGGUAUUGGCCUAAAGAUCAAACCAUUUCUAUGGAAGAUCUUGUAAAUUCCAUCUCUGAAAGGUGUCCAAAUAUAUAUACAAAGGACGACAUUAACUGUUAAUUUUUAUAUUACAAUGUAAUUAACUACUCACUCAGAGAUUCAACUUUGAUGAACGAUCCUUCAGUAUUUAUUCUACAGUAUUUACUGAGAGUUACUGUUCUCGUACGUAUCUGAUGGAUAAUUCAUCAAAUUGUGUCAUGCAACAAUUGUACGAUAUAAAGUUUAAGAAUUAGAAUUUAAGUUAAAUAUAAUAUCCUGUAAAUACAUACAUUGCAUAUCGUGUGCAAUCAAUGACAGUCUGAAUAAAAACAUUGACCCUAUUAUAUUGUUUUAA